CGUGGGUUUCCCCCGUACCUGUGGGGGCCUCUCCCUGGUUGGUCUGGGAGUUCCAGGGUCACCCCCUCCAACAGGGGACGGCUCUUCCAGCCACUAUGAACGCAAUGGGAGGGAUUCUCCCCGGCCCCCCUGUCCCUAGGCUCUUUCCUGCUCUGCCCCCUCCCCUUCUGUGUGCGUUGUCCUCCCUUCCCACCCCAUCCCUGGCUUCAGUGCCUGCCCUUCUAGCCCCUGCCCCUGCUUCCUCCUGGCUGCAGAGGGCGCUCUGACCGCGGACAGGGGGCUCUAGAGUCUCACGCAGCCCUCGGCCGGGGCGUCAACGUCACUUCCUCCGUCGGCCGGAUGCGACUUGAGAAAGCCGGAAGUCAAGCAGGGGCUGGCCGCUUGUAUUGCCUACGUAGAGCGGAUGGCGGCGGAGGGGGCUGGAGUCCCGCGCGGAGGGGCCUCUUCUUCCAGCUCCGACGAAGAAUCGGCGCCCACUGCAGCUGAGGAGCUGGCUGCCCAGAAGAGGGAGGAGAGGUUGAGGAAGUUCAGAGAGCUCCAUAUGAAAAGGAAUGAAGCUCGCAAGCUAAAUCACCAGGAAGUUGUGGAAGAAGAUAAAAGACUUAAGUUGCCGGCAAACUGGGAAGCAAAAAAGGCUCGACUGGAAUGGGAACUGAAGGUUGAGGAAAAGAAGAAGGAAUGUGCUGCUAAAGGAGAAGAUUAUGACCGGGUGAAGUUGUUAGAAAUCAGUGCUGAGGAUGCAGAAAGAUGGGAAAGGAAAAAGAAGAGAAAAAAUCCGGAUCUAGGAUUUUCAGAUUAUGCAGCUGCUCAGUUGCGCCAGUAUCAGAGGUUAACCAAGCAGAUCAAACCUGACAUGGAAAAAUAUGAAAAGCUAAGAGAAGAAAACGGAGAAGAAUUGUAUCCAACAGCAAACAGUCUUCUUCAUGGAACUCAUGUACCAUGUAAAGAAGGGGUUGAUAGAAUGGUUACAGAUCUUGAAAAACAAAUUGAAAAACGUGAAAAAUACAGUCGGCGACGUGCUUAUAAUGAUGAUGCGGAUAUUGAUUACAUUAAUGAGAGAAAUGCCAAAUUCAAUAAGAAGGCAGAAAGGUUCUAUGGGAAAUAUACAGCAGAAAUUAAACAGAACUUGGAGAGAGGAACAGCUGUCUAAACUUUCACAUCCCAAGAGAGGCACAGUUCUACAAAGAAAUUGUUCAGUAUAAGCUUAGCAUAUUUUGCAGAAAGGCCUAAGAACUGUAUCAACAUGCUAAUUGUGCAAGUAUAAACUUUGCUAGAGACUUUUAAUAUUAAAAUGACAACUUGUGGAAGAGACUUUUUUUUAAAAUCCAAUAGUGGCUAUUGCAUAAAUGCUUGAAUGAUAGCAGCUAUCAUAGCUGUACAUAGCUUGCCCUUCCAGAGGUGGCUGGUUUGUGUCAAUUUAGCAAACCUCAAAGGGGUUGUUACUCAGAUCAUACCCUGCAGUUCCAGAAAUGCAGUUUUUGUUUUGAUUGAUUUUGUAAGUGGUUGUGACCAUUAAAAAAAGGUGAACUAAACAGAA